AUGUCUGUGCGAGACACCUUCGGGGCCAGCAGCGUUUUGGUGACGCUGCGUCACGAGCCAAAUCUAUCGGCACCGUAUGAGUGGAGGAGGAUUGCACCGGAAACCGUGAAGGGUGUCCCCCGCAUGGGAGCGGCAGCGGAGGGAGCAAUUACGUUACUACAGGAACCCGACGGGAUUAACUGGUCCGAUGCUAGCGUGCAUGGCAAUCGUGAAGUAGAUCGGGACGGAGCGGAUAUGGCUGAGUAUGCUGCAAAUAAAGGCAUCGUGAUCGAGGCAACGCCACUUUUGCAUGGCUUUCCCUGGUUAGUUCCCGAGAAGGUAAGGAACAAAAGAGUACUACAAGCGCUCAAGAAACAACCAUUUAGGCAGUUCCGAUUGGGGCUCGGAAAGCAUCUAGGCCCCCUAGUGGACAAACUACACAGUGGAGGAAGUCAGUCCGAGAGGGUGAAGGCGACGCAAGACCAGACACCAACAGCGCUGUGGGCUUGA